CCCGAAACUUCCAAGGUUAUCUAGACCAUCAUCUUCCUAUACAGCAAGGAAACCUUCAUUUUUAUCGAAUUCGGCUAAUAGCUUUGAUGAUAUUGAAACCGAUCCUUCUUCGAUUAUGCAAGAAAAAUCAUCUAAUAAAGAGAAUUUAAUGGAAGCAAAUGAUCAACUUGAACAUUUUGGAACAUCCACAGAUAACGAUAUUAAAGAAAA